GAUUAGAACGCCUAUCGUAGCCAACGAUAUUCCGUAUACCUUCGAGAAGUUUAACCUGCCAAUCCAACAGACCUCUGCUUGACCUGUGCGCUGCACGUGAUCUUCUUUUUCAACAUCGUGUCGCAUUCUCCAACCGAGACAGGUACCUUCAUUCACGAGCCGAGGAUCACCAAGCACCAUCAAAGUCCCAUCGCUGCGUCCCUCUCCCAUACUCCAUAAUGACAUCUGUCGACGGCAAACUUGAGGAGUCCAUCUCCGAUUUCUUCUCGAAGGCGGGAGCGUGCACGACGAGGAGUCAAUGCGACGCAUUUGCCAACGCCACUUUCGGUGGGCCGGUUAAACCUAUUCCAGUCCAGGGCGUAUAUAGUUACACCGUGGCGGCAGCGAAUGACACGGUCAUCGUCCAAUUCCGAGAACCGGACUCACCGCUGGAUACACAAAUGCUAGCGACAGUCCAAACCAUUCAUCCAGGCUUCGUGGCUGGCUGUAGCUACCGUGGGACGAUUGGCUCAUCACCGGCGCUGCUAAUAUACUCAAUGGACAUGCUCGCAGGAGACAGCUAUUUCAACAUCUCCUUCUCUAUGCUGGGCGACGAACUGGAUCACCAGCUGGCCACUGUGCACAGCCUGGCGAGGUUCUUUGCGCAAUCCUGGCUGAAGAGCAGCCGACCGGAUCCGAAUACUAUUUCUACCUGCUUUGAAUGCUGCUGCUCCAGCUUCAAUGACCUGUGCAGCAACCUCCCCCCACGCUUCCAAAAAAAACUGUCAGCCAAGUUCAGGAAAACCUCCUAACUCUCUUCUUUGGGAGUAUCCAUUGGUCCUAACGCACGGCGACCUCAACGAGAGAAACAUCCUCGCCGACCCCAGGACCGGCGAGAUUACGGGAAUCGUCGACUGGGCCG